AUGUUGACUAAUUUAAAUCAGCUUCCUCUGCUGGCAGUAGCAGCGCUGUUUGUGUUCACUACGUUUAUCCUCACCAUCGUUGCCACGGCUGGCUCGACGUCUAAUUACUCGCCCAUCAACAAUGUGUACCUAGGCGAAGCAGACAUCUCGCGCAUCAAUGUGACCAAAGUCAUCCCCGAGACCGCUUCUCUGCUCUCGGUUGUCGUUGGCCUAUUCAACAGCACUUCCAGCAACUCUUCCGAAAGCGCCAACUCAGCGGAGAUUUUCGACGCCUUGAGAUCUGUGUCCCACACAUCCGCCCUCAAACCAAUGCUUGAGCUUUUUGCAGAGUCCAACAAUGUUUCCGAAACGGUGUCAGCUCUGGGUCUGGUUGCCCCCGUGCUAGCUUCAGCUUCCGCGUCUUCAGGCUCCUCCCAACUGCUAACGCUCGUAGGUCAAUUGAUCCAAGACUCUAAAAGUCCCUCUGAAACGGUAGAGGGAAUGGGUCAAGUGCUGCAGUCGUCCAACAGCACCGACUCGACCAGUCAGCGGGCCGUAUUCGCGCUCUUGUCCGAUUCCAACAACGCCACGGCCUCCGUGGACUCUCUCGUGGUCCUACAGAACCAGUCGUCCGCUGAACGCGCCCAACUCACCCCGGUUUUAACCUUAUUCCAACAGUCAUCUAACGCAACUGCAACCUUGGGUGCUCUCAGCACUUUGAUGACUGCGAAUGUUUCCAAUGAAAUGUCAGCCUCUCUUCUCAACGCUCUUCGCGCCGGCAGUUCCAACCCUCAGGCAGCUCUAAAUCAGGUCCUCAACUCUGUCCCAGACUCGGUGCGCCCUGCUGUCUUGGCAGUGGGAACAUUGCUCAACAACACCCGCGACUCGACGCAAACAUUGACAACUCUUGAGGGAUUGUUGCAAGCCAACGUCACCACUUCGCCUAAUGCACGCAGGUCGUUUGGCGCACUCACGACGUUGGUGUCAAACUCAAACAAUCAGACCCUAGUUUUGACUUCUGUUGCAACCUUGGCAAACUCCACCAGCUCCGCCAGUACAGCCCAGCUUCUCGGCCUUCAAGAUAUUUUGGACUCUUCCACCAACUCUACGAAAGCCCUAAGCGUUUUGCAACAACUACAAUCUUCGAAUUCCACAUCGAGCUCGCAAAGCCUAACGCCAAUUUUUGGUUUGAUCGGUGACUCCAAAAACUCGACCGCUACGAUUGAGUCUAUUAUGGGACUCACGCAAGCUUUCCAAGCAAACAGCACCGCGUUUCAACCUUUGCUCAAGAUUUUAAGUCAAACCGAACUGGGAAGCACCGAAAUUACACAGGACACUCUAAACAACGUGAUGCCUAUAGUGCUGGACAACUUGGGCGUCGACUCACGCUACCGCUUGGCUAUUUUCACUCUAUGCAGCGGCUUGAGCAACGGGAACAUUCAGCAGUGUAGCUCCCCACACGCCGUACAGUCCUUUGUCCUUCGCGACAUCCUGUAUGAUCAGUUGGAGAACUCCGAUUUCCAGCCCUAUAUGCAAGCUCUUGACGUGCAGAAGAACGACAUGUACUUGGAAGGAAAACUUCAAAAUAAACAAGACUCCUACGUGCCAGCUUUGCGGGCGGUUUUGGCCUUCAACCUCUUAACAAUCAUCUUGGCCUUUCUCCUGCUAGUUUUGAUUGUGUGCAUCAUGCUCAGCAGCUCCAUGACUGACAAAUUGAGGUUCUGGCUAGUUCUAAGCGCCCGCGUUUUGGCCUUCUUGGUGACCCUCUUUGUCUUGCUCUCUGCUGCCAUUGUCGCCGCAUUCGUCUCGAUCAUCAAGCGUGACACCAAAGCUGACGAUUAUAACGUUACAUUUGCUACUGGUUCUGCUUACGCGGGUUUGAUCUGGACCAGUUUCGUUCUCGCACUCAUCACGUUCGUUGCGCUGUUCUUUGUGAGAUCGAACAGAAGAGCUGGCGCGUUAACAUCAGAGGAAGUCGGGUCGGCUGACGCUACAGUUUCCUCCAGCGAAAAGAGGAAUGGCACUGUAGCCCACCACAGCGACGAGGACGCUGUCGCGCAAGUUGCUUGA